CACAUAAAAAGUUGUUUACAAACGAAAAGUGUAUUUAACGGCGAUUUUGAUUGCAAUUAAUGAACGCUUACGUGAAUUAGCGUUGAGUUGAGCGCAGAUCACGUGACAUACGAGUGAAGCAAACGACCUAUUUGUGUGACAAUUGAUACCCAAGUGUUCGCAUCCAUACACACCACACACCCACCCAUGGAUCAGAUCAUCACCGAUAGGAUGUCGCUAUUCUUGCGGCCGGAGAUCAGCGACUUUGUCAUCAUUGUUGGCGACCAAAGACUUAAUGUCCACAAAUCAGUUCUCAUGUCUUCGAGCGAAUACUUCAGCGCUUUAUUCAACUCCGAGAUGAUUGAGACGAAGAACCGGGAGAUCACACUCAAGGAGACACUAAUCAAGCCGUUUGUCAUUGUCUUGAGGCUGGCCUACGAGUUGCCC